AGCAUUGUAAAGCACAGAGAGGUCUGGUAAAGCAUAGGGAAGCAUUGUAAAGCACAGAGAGGUCUGGUAAAGCAUAGGGAAGCAUUGUAAAGCACAGAGAGGUGUGGUAAAGCAUAGGGAAGCAUUGUAAAGCACAGAGAGGUCUGAUAAAGCAUAGGGAAGCAUUGUAAAGCACAGAGAGGUCUGGUAAAGCAUAGGGAAGCAUUGUAAAGCACAGAGAGGUCUGGUGAAGCAUAGGGAAGCAUUGUAAAGCACAGAGAGGUGUGGUAAAGCAUAGGGAAGCAUUGUAAAGCACAGAGAGGUCUGGUAAAGCAUAGGGAAGCAUUGUAAAGCACAGAGAGGUCUGGUAAAGCAUAGAGAAGCAUUGUAAAGCACAGAGAGGUGUGGUAAAGCACAGGGAAGCAUUGUAAAGCACAGAGAGGUCUGGUAAAGCAUAGGGAAGCAUUGUAAAGCACAGAGAGGUCUGGUAAAACAUAGGGAAGCAUUGUAAAGCACAGAGAGGUCUGGUAAAGCAUAGGGAAGCAUUGUAAAGUACAGAGAGGUCUGGUAAAGCAUAGGGAAGCAUUGUAAAGCACAGGGAGGUCUGGUAAAGCAUAGGGAAGCAUUGUAAAGCACAGAGAGGUCUGGUAAAGCAUAGGGAAGCAUUGUAAAGCACAGAGAGGUCUGGUAAAGCAUAGGGAAGCAUUGUAAAGCACAGAGAGGUGUCUGUGAUCUGACACAGCACUGUCAAUAGGGAGCAGGAGUCUGUCUGUUUUCACUUGUUCCUCCCCUGGUUCCUUCUUUCUUCAUCCUUUCUUUCACACAGUUAGAUACAAGCUGCUCUUUAUCUGAAGAAAAGAUUCGGACUGGAUCUUCACACUGGCUUGGUUUCUCAUCCACAUUUCAAAACAAUGAUCAAAGCGGCUUCUCUCCCACUGGCUGCCUGUCUCCUCGUGACCUUUCACCCUGCGGUUGUGACCUUACCAUACAGCCAACUACAGGCAGGCAACCUCACAGACACGCCCACCGGCUUGUAUCCUGCGCCUUCAUUGGUCGAUACCGCAAGCCCCACCCCCCCAGCACUGGAUUCCGUCAAGAUCCUGACCUCAGGCCCCACCCAUCUACUUCCUGUGAGUCUGACAGACACAGGAAGUGAGGUAGAAGAAUAUAAAACAGAGAACACUGAAAUGAAAGAACAGGAGAAAUCUGAAGACGGCCGUCUUCGCUCUUCCAAUGGGAGUCCAGUGCUGGUGUUCCUAGCGGCGGCAGUGGGAAUUGGGACUGUACUGGGAAUCAUCUACUGUGUUUACAGCAGGGUUACUGGGAGAGACCCAUACUCACACCGCCAACUCACUGAAGAGACAGACUCCUCCCUCUACUUCUCUGGCAGUCGGUUGGUUUUGACGCCUCUCCAUCAGUACUAUGGCUCCUCCUCCCAGCCCUCCACAAUCCCAGUACUUGAAUCCGAGCCCCCAGUGCUCCCAGUCUCCCCACAGAGACUCAGGGCAUCCACAGACCAGUUAGAGAUCAUCUCCGCUUCGGAUCUGCAGCGGAACUUCAUCUAAAAACAAACCUUUCGACUGGAAAUGGAUCAGAAUACCUGAGAGAUACAGGAACAUUGAAUCCUUUAUAAACCUGUCUGUGUGAGACUCUCAGAGAUACAGAAACAUUGCUAUCCUUUAUAAACCUGUCUGUCUGUGUGAGACUCUCAGAGAUACAGAAACAUUGCUAUCCUUUAUAAACCUGUGUGUGAGACUCUCAGAGAUACAGAAACAUUGAAUCCUUUAUAAACCUGUCUGUGUGAGACUCUCAGAGAUACAGAAACAUUGAAUCCUUUAUAAACCUGUGUGUGUGAGACUCUCAGAGAUACAGAAACAUUGUAUCCUUUAUAAACCUGUGUGUGUGAGACUCUCAGAGAUACAGAAACAUUGCUAUCCUUUAUAAACCUGUGUGUGUGAGACUCUCAGAGAUACAGAAACAUUGCUAUCCUUUAUAAACCUGUCUGUGUGAGACUCUCAGAGAUACAGAAACAUUGCUAUCCUUUAUAAACCUGUCUGUCUGUGUGAGACUCUCAGAGAUACAGAAACAUUGUAUCCUUUAUAAACCUGUCUGUGUGAGACUCUCAGAGAUACAGAAACAUUGAAUCCUUUAUAAACCUGUCUGUGUGAGACUCUCAGAGAUACAGAAACAUUGCUAUCCUUUAUAAACCUGUGUGUGAGACUCUCAGAGAUACAGAAACAUUGCUAUCCUUUAUAAACCUGUCUGUGUGAGACUGUAAGAACAGGAGAUGCAUUAUUGUGUAUGAAUUUUAAAUGUCGUGUGUGUAAAUCUUGCAUACUGGAAUCAAUAAAGGGACGAUGUUAAAUUCUGAA